UUCAACAGUGGAAAUUUCAAGGUGCCUAUUGAUCGGUUUUAAGUAUUAAACUCAUUUAUUCAAUCAAUUAUUAACAUGUUAGAUAACUCAUCAUAACUGGUGCUUUUUGUCGUUGGGGUUUUACCCAAGUUUCCAAAAUAUAGUUCUCUGCAUUUACAACGUUUCUUUGUGUUUUCAAGAUUUCAAAAUCAGCUCAACCAAAGCGGGUAGUGUGUUUUGCAAUUUUCUUUUCUAAUGAUUGCAAAGAGCUUGACAAUUUAUUUAUUGUAGAAUUCCACCAGGUAUAGGUACUUUGAAACAAUCUUCUAAUGAGGGGAUGUUUAUUUUUUAUGAAAAUUAAUAGCUGCUUUUCCUUCCAUUUAAUGCAAAGGAAAUAGGUAGUCCUUGUAUUUUCAAAGAACAGUCACUCCUAGGGUGUCGAGACCAGAAUACGUCUUUCGUUUUGUAGCCUAUUAACAAAUAGCCGUUUUUGUUUUUAUUGUUUAAUUUUGGAAACCUGAUUUUUGUGAUUUUUAGAAAAAUUUAUGCAUUCCUCUGAUUCAUGAUGCAAAAUAUAUUUGGAGUGUAGGCUGUGGAUUUGGGGGUGUGAGCUUCAGUUCCUUAACUAAUUGAGUUGAUGUGAUUUGGACUCAAGGAAACUGAUGUUCUGUUAGGAUCAAAACAGAAACAUCUCUGUAUGUAAGCUGUGUUAAAAGAAAAUUUAUUAUAAGAUUAUCAAAGCUCUUAAUGGUUCUAAUUUAAAAUUAGUCGAGAAUCAUCGUACCUUGGUGAAAAUGAAAGUAUACAAUUGAAAAGUGGCUUGAUGCACUAGAGACCAACAUACUGAAAUUUUCAGUGAAUUAAAUCCGAAUGCUUCGCAAGUUACAAUAAAGAGCAAUAAAAAGUCUAGCAAAGCAUAUUCUAAAUGCCCGCACUUGGCAGGAAUUAUUGCUUACUCAAACAUAAAAUCUUUUUCACAGUAUGAACAAGUUGAUUACAAUAUACUGAAAGGUAACAAGGAACGUAUUUUAUCUCAAUAAAAUUAUAAUGAAUAUUUUUAAUAAUGAUAUAACAAAUAAAAUAGAUCUAUUGAUGCCAUGCACCCCAGUUGGAAUGUUUUAGAUUUACAAGCUACUAAAACUUAGUUUGAAUACUCAAUGGUAAAAACGACUAUUUAUAUAUUAGAAUGGGAGCAAAAACAAUGAAAAAUAUUAAAUGAAACCAAUAAAUAAGCAACGGAAUAACAUAAUAAAAAGUAUUAAGAUUAUACCGCUAUGUACCUAUUCAGAAGUUUUAUGCAAUGAAAUAUUCCAUUUUAUUUGUAAUAACGUUACUAUUGUGAUUCAGUGCAGUUAAAUGUGUUACACACCACUUAAAUAAAGAAGGGAAUUCAUGUAAUAAAUAAGAGCUUGAAUAUUGUGGUAAUUUUACAUUUACAAUGAUAUAGAAAGCCUGUUAUUGUGUUAUUUCGCUAUCUCUAAGAAAAUUUGAUAAAAGCUUGCUUAAAAGAUACCUUUUGCCAUAACAAAAAUAUGUUUCUACAAUUUCGAUAAAGGUUAGUGUUACAGGAAAUUCAAAUAGAUUUCUAAAGCCAUAGAAUGGAUUUUGCUGAAAAACUGUAGGGACUUUUUGGAUAAACCAUGACAAAAACCCUCUAUUUUGUUACUAUUAAAUUUUUCCCUCUUUUGGCUAUGUGGCACUAUACCCGUGAGCCGAGAGAGGAGAGAGGCUGUGUGCUCGACCUGUAAUCAAAACGAAAAAAACGUCUUUGUGAUUUGCUGUGACUUCUCGCAUUUGCUUGUUCAUAUUUUAUAGCCGUUGUUUUUUUGGAACCAAGCCAAAAAGCCUUUCCCCCGUUUUAUGGAACCGAGCCAAACGGAACUAAGUGUCAUUCAAAUUUUUCUUGGAAAUGUCUUUUGCAGCCUUCGUUUGUACACUGCAACUUGCUUUGCUUGAAUGACAGGCGAUCGACGACUGAUGUUUGCUCGGUUCGGAGAGGUCUUACUAUCAACCAUACCACGAAGCCAUCACCGCCUUGCUGCCGCCAGUAGUAGAAUUUUCUUACCUGUGCCAGGCCAAUAUAAUUCCAUCACGAGAAGAAAGACAAAAAGAGGCGACGAACCUUCAUGAUGCGGCGGGGGCAGGAACUGCAGAAAGGGCACCUUGGGGAUAUCAAAGUUUGCUUUUGAAACAGAUCGGGAAUCGUCGUCUAGCCAUCGACGAAGCCAGGUUGUAGGUAAAGGUAAUGGAGAGAGGGUCGGUGGUCUUUUCAGGAAAAUUUCGCGUUGUUACGCCCUAAAGACGCUCAGAAAUGGGGACAACACCAAUAAUGAUACUAGUAACAAAAAGCAAUAGUCAGGUUAAGAUUGAUAUCACUUUGGCAGUGCAGAUUAUACACCUGGAAUCAAUGAUGUCUGACAUUCAAGUCUCGGAAGUUGCAGAUCAUGUAGUUUCGAAUUCAGAGAAGCCUGACAGUCUUGCUGAUACAAACAGCAACAAACGUGGCAAUUCAGCAAAUCCAGAUUCAGAGAAAAGUGAAUCGAACUCAGAAGGUGCAGAUCAUGUAGUUUUGAAUUCAGAGAUGCCUGAAAGUUUUGCUGAUGCAAACAGCAACAAACGUGGCAAUUCAGUAAAUCCAGAUUCAGAGAAAAGUGAAUCGAACUCAGAAGGUGCAGAUCAUGUAGUUUCGAAUUCAGAGAUGCCUGACAGUUUUGCUGAUGCAAACAGCAACAAACGUACCAAUAUAAAAAGUUGCCACAAAGAGAAAAACAUUUUAUAUUCAGAGACGCUUGCCUAUCAGAUCGAUGAAAGAAGUAGCAAUUUAGAAGAACAAGGUAUAAGGCAACAAGGACCUGUCAGUUACACUGACGAUUUCACAUGUGUUCCAGUACAGGAAAGUGAUGAUUCUUUUGGCACAGAAGAAAUUACAAACUCUUUUAAUGCUCUCAAAGACAACGAAGUCAAAAAAAUACUUUCAGAACCACAACCUGUCAGAUAUGUGGAUUUGUUUGUGUUGGGUCCGACGACUGCAGAAACGUCGAGUCUCGUGGAAUCACUUUGUGGAAAAGAGUUUGUCCCGGAUGGACAUACAGCUAAGGGAGCCAAAAAGUCUCGCACUGUAACAAUAAACGAUCACUGGAAUGAGGAGGAUGUCAUCGUGAAGAUCUUGGAUGACUGCUUUAAACGUAUGCAGAUUCAACCGAUUAAUGGUUGCGAAGAAAGUGGUGGAAAUUACCAAGACAGUAUUAUACCAAAGGAACCUGUACCGGACAACACUUCAACAUCAAAUUUAAUUCAAAUUACCAAAAUUUGGCAUUUCCCUGGAGAUUCACCCUGCCAGAAAAUGUUCCGGAUCUUUGCCAGUGCCAAUUCUAUGUACCUCCUUUGCUUUGAUUUUCGCGAGCACAAUAAAGAUCCGUAUAAGAACCUGGAAAAACUAAAGCACUGGCUGACCUCUGUUGCAUCUUACAACAAACACAAGCCUCCUGUUUUUCUUAUCGCAACACACAUGGACGGUUUUGAGUCUGAUAAGAUUGACGACGCACAGAAAUUUUUACACAAAGAACUAUAUGAAGGUUUCGGGUCAUAUUUAGCAAAGAAUGAACACUGUAUCCUGUUUCCUAUAGAGAACAGCAAGGGCCAUGAAGGUGUAGAUGUAUUAAAAAGAUGUAUUGAAAAAGAGGCUAAGGACAUUCUUAGCAGUGAUCCCAAAAUUGGAUGGCUGGUGUGUGAAAAUCUUAUUCACAAGCAGGUACGAAAUGAUGGUAAAAUUUUUGCCAUUGCAAAGGAUGUUUUGAUAGAUAAACUGAAGGAAAGUCGCUGUUUAGGCGAUGAAACUCAAUUAGAAGGUCUAUUAAGACACCUUCAUGAAAAUAAAAUUAUCUGUCUUCCAGAAUUAAUGAAGUUAAAAAAACGGCCUUUGUCGCUUGAAAAAAUGGCUAUUGUGAACUUGGAGCCUGUCAUGGAAGCAAUUGGCCAUCUUUGGAAAUUUUCAACCUCUGAUCCAGAAAGAAAGAUGCACGAAUACAAAGUUCGGCUUGCAAAGGAAUCAAGGAUUUCACGCAAAGGUUUGAAGGAGCUGUUUGAAAAUAGGCAUCCACCUUUUGACAAGUUGAUUGGAGUUAUGGUUCUAUUCAACAUCUUGGUGGAAUGCGAUGUGAAUGGUCAGGAGAACAACCGGGUGGAAGAUAACAUGAGCGAUAAAUGGAAGCGUUUUGAGCAUCAUGGACAAACUGGCCUUCUUCUUGUUGAUUUCUUUGGCUUUGUAUCGGAGGAUGUUUACUGGCAGCUCCUUGCAAGAGUCUAUGGGUUCUGCAAGCUUUCGGAGCCAAGUAAAUUUGAUGCCAUUUUCUGUUACGAUGAGAAAGCUUUUCGCUUGAUCUAUGAUCCAGCCAACGGGCAUAUUCGUUGUAAAGUGCGAGGGAACAGCGAAGUGCUGAUACAGAAGCUUAAAGAGACGUUAUGUGAGAUUUGCAGCGAUUUAUUCAAUCAUCAAAAAUUCCAAUUUUUGGUACAAUGCCCUGAAUUCUGCCUUAGAGUAGGAAACUGGUCAAAAAAUAUAUCGGUCAGUUUCCAGGAUGAUGACAUCGAUGGCAACAAGCCAAUGUUCUUUGCACCAUUGGGAGAGGAGCCUUGCAUGACUUGCCUAGCCGGUUCUCACCCAAACCAAGAUCUGUAUUACAAACCUUCCUCUUCUGUGGAGAAGAUUGUACUAUCUGUUACCGGCUCUGAAGAAACUCAUUUGAAUGUCCCAAUCGCAAAAAGAAUCAAAUCGAUGCUCGUUGCAGCCCAGCAAAUUUCCAGAAAACGACAGUCCCAUUUCCCAAGCAAGAUGCCCAACAAUCAUGAAAAAUUUUCCUUUGCAACCUGUAUAUACACGAAAGGGUCUACGGCACGCCAGUAUAACUCAUAUCUUCGUCAGUAUAAUUCAUAAAGCACAUUCUUGUAGCCUGUAAGGUAAAGUUCAUCUCUUUCGAUGAAAAGUAAGCUGAGGUGAAAGAGGUCAGCAAGUCAGUCGUUGUUUGUUUUUGCUCUUUGCUUCUACUUGGUCAUAGGCUUUUUCAUGUUCCUGUUUUUAUUUGAAUGAAUUUUUAUGCAUAAAUUAUAGUCGCUUCUACGAGCCGAUGUAUAUCUAAAUCUUAUUAAUAUCUUGCGCGCAGACCGGACUGGUUUUUCCAAAAACGAAUUUAGUUGGAUUGAAGAAUUAGGUUUUUUAUUCCCAGUAGAGGAAAAUUCAAAAUUUUCCAUUCAACUGUUUUCUUAUCUGGAAAAACAAGUUGAUUCUGCGCGCAGGAUUCCUAAUCUCCCCCCUCCUACACUUCUAGCACGUUCACGUUCCCGCCAGCGCAAGAAUAGCGUCUUGGACAUCUCUUCUCUAGGACCAAGUCUCUUCAUGUCUUGCUUGAUGUUUUCCAUCAACUUCGUUCAAGAUUGUGAUAUUGUCCAUCAACCUCAUACAAGGGCGUCCUAUUGGCCUCCUAUCUCUCAGUUCUACUUGCUAUGUCGCCGUCACAUUGCCAUUUUACAGUCAGUUCCUAUCCUUUUUAGGUGCCCGUACUGUUCAUGCAUGGUUGUAUCACCCUCGUUACCAGUGUGUCGAUUCUAGUUGUUGUUUUAUGUAUUAAACAUAUUUAAUGUUGUUUUGUUAGAGUUCCACCAAAUUUGUGUUGAAGGAACAGUAUUGUCUGCUUAUAAAAAGUGACAGGAUAGAUAUUGUCUGAUCUAAUUCUCUGUCAGUAAAUUGGUGUAUAGGCCAAAAUUUCGCCAGAAAUAUGAAGUUUAUUUGGAUUUAGCAAACAGCCGAAGUCACUCAGAAUUGUGACUUAUCUGUGACAGGUUUGCAUGCCUUAUCUUUAAAUGCUAUUGACAAGUUAUCUUCUGUUUUAAGAGAAAAUUUAUGAGA